CGCCUCCAGUACGCUCUUUAAUUCGCUAACGCUAGGUCUUGCAACUCGUUCAGUACUGUAACAGUUGUGGUGGCAGUAGCACUCGCUGUGACCCACUUUACCAUCCGUCGUAGGUCCGUAGAUCACCGGUGUACUUUUAGAACUACUACACUUACUCUCUGUGUACUUACUUUUAGUGCCUUAUUAACUCACUCAUUCAUCGUGAUAUUUUUUUUGUGAUAUUAGUAUAAUAAUAAUAAUAAUAAUGCCUGCGCCCAUACAAGAAACCAUCCAGGAAAACGGUAGUUUUCUGGAAGAAGAGGCCAUCGUGCCGCCAACGAAGAUGUUGGACCCGAGGGACUCGAUUUCCUCCAUCGACAGUGACGUGAGUCUUUCCUACGAUCGUAAGGGCAGCUUGGCGGACACCCAAGUGCCAGAAAACGAAGAUGAAGGAGCUCACAUGGCCGAUCUGUCUGAUAGCGCCUCCGAUACCGGAUCCGCGGGAGGCGGCAAGGAUUCCGGCUGCGAGGUCACUCCGGAAAUCACGGAGCCUCCCUUCACUCCUCCCAGCGAGGAGUUGGCCGAUAAAAUCUGUCAACAAGUGGAGUUUUACUUCUCGGACGCCAACAUAACCAAGGACGCCUUCCUGCUCAAACACGUCAAACGGAACAAGGAGGGUUACGUCUCGCUGAAACUGAUCUCGAGCUUCAAGAGGGUGAAACAUCUGACGAAAGACUGGCGGGUGGUCGCGCACGCCCUAAAACGCUCAACCAAGUUGGAAAUUAACGAGGCAGGUACGAAAUUGAGACGAUUAGACCCUUUGCCCAAAUAUGACGAGACCACCCCGUCUAGAACCGUUGUGGCCGUUCACAUGCCCAUCGAUAAACCCACCAUAGAAAACGUCGCGGAAUUAUUUAAGAAUUGCGGCGAAAUCGCUUUGAUCAGAAUACUGAGACCGGGCAACCCCAUUCCCGCUGACGUAAGGCAAUUCAUUAAUAAAAACCCUUCGUUGGGCGGAUUGGUGUGCGCCUUAGUGGAAUUUGUCAAUUCCGAGUCGGCCAGGAACGCCAUGCAGCUGCAAAACACCCUUGGGGAACCCAUGAAGGUUUACGAGCUUAAUAACGUGCCCCAUCCCGAAAGGAAGAAGAAGACAAACAAUAAGAAGACUAACAAUAACAACAAUAAUAAUAACAACAAUAUUAAUAAUAUGUACAAUAAGGGAUUCAUUUCGGAGUCUGAUUACAUUAGUUCGUCCUGUCAGAGCAGCUCGGAGGCCGAGGAUGUCAGGAAAUUUGAUCCUAGAGCCAAAAUGCGUAGAGGUUCCUCCGCCUUUCCCUCCCGCUACAUCGAACCGGCCGCCUGGCUCCAACGUCGCCUCUCCGCCUCCUCUACCGAAGCGAACUUCCUCUACAUGCCCCGUAGACUCUCUUACAGCUCCAGAGACUCGAGCGAGUCCAGUCUGUUUCUUCCACGUAGAAUGAGCGCGUGCAGCAUCUCCAGCAACGACAGUUUCUACAACAGAAGAAUGUCCUCCGUUAGUCAGACGUCGUCGUCGGAGGCAUAUUCUAACCGGUCCAGGAGCAACAGUUCCGCCUUCCAGAAUGGCGAGAACGUGCUGAGGAUGCCCAAGGGACCUGAUGGGAGCAAGGGGUUCUGUAGGCAGAGGCCCAGUUUACCUACGGUGGUGCAAUAAAUGUUUUGAGGAGGAGGAGGGUGAGAGUGAUGCCAAAAUUUGUAAAGGGGGCGAGCGAUUACACGACGGUUUCAUUUUUAUUCAAUUAUUCGAGGUUUAAAUUUGAAGCACUCGGUACAAUCUUCGUUUGAUCCAUUAAUUGUUUUAACUGAACUGUUUGUACGCGGUUCAAUAAAAGUUGUACGAGUGACGUAAUUCGCAAGAAAAUCAAAUAUGUUUAAUUUAAUCUUGAGCCCGACAUCAAGGUGAUAGUAAUAAAAAGUCAUUGUUUUUCGAUCGAGUUGUUUGUGUGGAAAAUUUACGAAGUCGAUCAAGGUUUUUGUAAGCCCGGUAUAGUCCGGGAGCUGAUGAUAGUUGAUGAUUUGAACACACCCGAAAAUAUGAUGCAUGAUCAUUGUAAUGCAACAAGAAUUUUACUGUAACAGUCGUAGUAUGCAAACGUUUUAUGGUAAAAUGGAUCACUGUAACGGUAUCGCAUUUUUUACAUACAAACAUGCUUAUUGCGAAUUCGGAUACCUAGAGUUCAUUUUUUCUUCUUACUUUACAGUUACACUAUAUUACAGUACGAUUAUAAUAUGCACUUUCUAUUUCAGAUAAUAUAUUCUCUAUAAGUGGAGUCUAUAAAGUAAAACCUCAUCGGAUCAAAUUAAAACGCGUUGUCCUAUAUUUCAGUGGCUUUCUCUUCAAGUUCACCGUCGCGAGACUCCAAUAAUUAUAAAAAAUAGACAUUUCACUUUAUUAUAGUCGAUUUUUGGUCAGUUUUUAUUUAAAACAACAACUCCCUAAUAUUCUAAUUGAAUUAUUAUGCUACAAACAAUCUCUUCUUAUAUACUUUCUAUUGGAUUCUUGUUUGAAUUCGAUAUAGUUACUGACACGGGAGAAAGCCGCUUAAAUUAUCCGUAAAUUAUUAAAUUCGUUGCUUUUAUAGUUUACUAUCGCCUUUCUUUUUUCACGGUUUGUGUUCUCGCUCGCCGAUUCUGUUUUGUUUUAAAAACAGUUAAGUUUCCGUUGUUUCGAAGGAUGUAGAGUGUUUAGUUUUAAGAUCAUUCUUUUUUUUUGUACAUAGUUUAUAUUUAUUGUACUUAUUUAUUUUAUUUUUUUUUAGUUAAUAAAUAUAGUUUUAAAGAAUA